GUAUAUAACAUUAUAUUCUUGACGUUUCUGUGUCUCGUUUCAAUGUGCACUCCAAAAGUAAUUUCACAAUAUCUCAACCAAUAAUAGUCGUUCUUCGGAGUGUCACCAUAGUCGAAACAUUGUUUAUUGUGAUUUGAAAUAAAAUACAGUUUCAUUUGAUCUGUAGUUAUGGGUUCGAGUUCAUCUUCUUCGAGGGUUGUAGACGGCCGCCGGACAGAUGAUAGAAAUACCACAAUGCAUUACAACACACCGACUGUAUAUUCAGCUUAUCCGUCAUAUGGUGCAAGUAGUGCCAACACAGGUAAUACUCGCGUACACACCCAGUACUCUGGAAAUACAUCCAGUACUUUUAGCUCUUCAACAUCUUAUCCAUCACCACAACCGCACGCCCAAACCCAAUAUAAUCCAUCAAUCGACCUUCGUCCACAAUUCCGAUCAAUUCGAUCAUCAACUCAUAUUCCAUCAUUUAAUCAACUUGAAGAAGAUGAUGUCGCAAGAGCUAUUCAAAAUUCGCUUAGGGAAAAUUAUUCCAAUCAAACAACAAAUGUUCGAACGUCAACGAUGCUAUUAUCUUCAUCGUCAUCGCAAAGAUUAAAUAAUGAUAGUACGAAAAUGAACAAAGUGACAGCUGAAACAAAUGCGUCCAAAGGUGAAAUGAUACUUGAUUGCAGUAUCUGUAUGGAUUUUAAGGAAAACGACGAAAUUGUAGCAACGCAAUGCGGUCAUAUAUUUCAUAAAGGAUGUGUUUCACCAUGGAUUCAAGAAGCUGGAACAUGUCCAACUUGUCGAUUGCGAAUUUCAAUUGCAUCGUUGCUUAAACUUUUUGUUAAUGUCAAUCCCAAACCUACUGAAACCACAACGAAUUCCAAUGGAAAAAAUGGUGCCAAUCUCAAUUCUGUGAAACCUGCAUCGACUCCCAAUGGAACAAAUACUGUCGAUACCAAUAUUAACUUUGACACAAUGUUUUUCUUGGCGAGGAAUGCACGUAAUACAAAUACUACAUCGAUUUCCAAUAGAACAAAUACUAUCAAUUCUAAUCCGACGGGACUGUUAGUGACUCCUACAACGAUGAACACACGUAAUACAAAUACUGCGACAUAUUCAAAUUUAUUAUCGACCUCCAAUAGACCAAAUACUGUCAAUCUCAAUCCUACGAGACCCACAGUGACUGCCACAACGAUCAAUGCAUGUAAUACAAAUACUGCGAGCAAUUCUAAUUUUGCAUCGACUUUCAAUUCAACAAAUACUCGUAAUAGAGUUUUCAGACCCCGUUUACCCGCAUCGACUGUCAAUUCUAAUCCAGCGGGACUGACAGUGACUUCUACAGCGAUUAAUGCACGUAAUACAAAUACUGCGACACAUUUAAAUUUAUUAUCCACAUCCAAUAGACCAAAUACUGACAAUCUCAAUCCCACGAAACCUACAGUGACUACCACGACGAUUAAUGCACGUAAUACAAAUACUGCAUCGACUUCCAAUAGAAUAAAUACUGCCAAUCUCGAAACCCGUGUAUCCACAUCGGCUUCCAAUAGAGCAACUUCUGUCAAUUCUAAUCCUACGGGAUCCACAGUGACUUCCACAUCGACUAAUGCACGUAAUACAAAUGCUGUUACAUCGACUUCCAAUGCAACGAAUCCUCGUAAUACAGGCGCAAGGAACCGACGUCGAAACAAACGGACACCGGCAAUGUUUGGUCGCUCAAUUUGGUGUUGCAGUAACAAUAAAAAUAUGACUGAAGAAUUGCUUGCCGAUAUUAUAUUGCAACACUUCCACAUUGAAUCGUCAAAAGUUUCAAUUCGAAGCUUACAAAAGCAAAAUGCAAUCGCAACACGUCAAACCUAUGUUUCAUUCAAAAUAAGCGUCGACACGGAAAAUACGUUCAACGUCUUAGUGAAUAAUUCGAUAUGGCCAAAUUCGAUCCGAGCUCGUGAAUUUAUGGAAAAAAAGUGAAAAAUAUUUUCCCAAAAGAACGUAGAUGAAAUGAGUGUUCAAGAGAUAAUUUCGUAAUCUCUAACUAAUCACUCAAAAUCCUUGACCAAAAAAAACAUACUCACUUACAACGUGAAUAGAAAUGCUCAUUCAUUUUCACACAAAACAAAAACGAAAUCAUAUCUUCCAUAUUUGAUAUCAAUUCAGCCAAAAGAAUUCACUUCAUUUUUAUACAUUUUAUAAAGCUCAACUUGAAAGAAACUAUAAAUGAUAAUGUCAAAGGAUGAGUACGAAACAUUUAUCAAAGUCAUGAAGAACCCUAAAGGGUUAGGUCAACAUACUCUUUUUUUCUAGCAAAAAUAUUGUAAUUCCUUCCGAAGUUUUUUUCCUAAUAAAAGCAUUUGAUAAGAAA